CGAGUCCUCAUCAGAGCUACUGCGCUGUGUGAUUUCAAUGUUGAUGAAAAUCCUAUGGUAAUUGAGUUAUAAGGUUAGCUGUCAAAUUCGGAGAAAGGUUGACAUAAAUAAGUGAUAAAAAUAGUUUCAGUUACUGCAAGUGAAACUUUUGUGCCUUACUGAUGUUUUAAGAGAGCAGACAAUUCCUAUCGCGAACGUCCAGUGAAGACGUCUGAACAGCAUUAACAUGACAGCAAAGUCGGACGUUACUUUGGAACACUUUUAUAUUUUUAACGGAACAUAUGCCAAAAAAGAAGGGGAGGAAGAAAAUAAGAUACUAUACUAUUAUCCAACGAAGACGGAUAUAGAUACAAAAAUCAGAAAUAUAGGACUGAGCGAAGCUAUCAUCAAGUUUACAGAGUCAUUUAAUCCUGGUCAACCAUGUGAUUAUUGUCAUACACAUAAAACGCGACAAGUUUAUUAUCAACCAGAGCCUAACUUUUGGAUGGUAAUGGUUGUUGGAAUACCUUAUGUAUGGAAAGUAAAGGAUGGCAAUAAAUACAUGGAGUAUCAAAAUGACAAAGUAUCAAGCACAGUUUGUCAAGCAGUUCUCAAACAGGCAUAUGCCAUGUUUCGUUUAUUUAUGGGUUCUUUUAGUACAAUUUUGAGUGAACCUGACUGUGGAUCGAUAACACUUUUAAAGUACAAACUCGAUCACUUCUACUCAUGGUAUUUAUUGUCCUUAAAUUUGAACAACAGCAACAUUGUUGACAUCUUUCAAGGUCUGUUGUUUUUACCAUUGGAUAAGACGACGUUGCUUCGAGUGCAAUGUUUUAUGAAUCUUAUAGAAGCUAUGUUUUCCCAAGUUAAAUAUACAGCAUUUGUUUAUAAUGAUCAACUUGUAUGGAGUGGACUUGAACCGGAAGACAUGCAAGUUGUUUAUCACUAUCUGGUGACUAGACUUUUACCAGCUCAUCUUGAAAAAGAAUUAUAUGGAGGAUCUGUGCCACGACAGUCACCAUCUCCUUUUACUAGUUCACAUUACGGAAAAUUUGUCACCGGUCCAGCAAGUAUUCAUGAACCAAGUGGAACGGUGCCGAAAGUCUUCAUUAAUUACAAUACAAAGCCAGUCUCUUUGUAUUUAAUAGUAUAUCGUUCUCUCAGUGCUACGAUAUGUUUGUUUGUCGAUGGAAAAAGCAGCUUGGUGAUGGAUUUCUUUAAAAGUUUGGAUACUUUCCUUGGACCACAAUUAACAACAUUAGUAAGCGCAGUUGCUGAGCAGUGUUCCAAACACACAAGUCCUGCUGCGGAAUUGUAUCCGAAGUACGUCUACUUCAACAAGUUAAACUUAGCAUAUAAGAGCACUAUUCAUUCGGACAAUCGACGAUGUUCUAAUGUUCUCGUAACAUCGGAAGUCUUGAGGGUAAUGACUGACAUUAACAAUGACAUGGACAGAUUACAGAAUGCAGGGGAGAUCGUUAUUAAAACAAUGAGCGAUUUCUGGGUCGUUGGAAAAUUGUCUAACUUAAGGAAAUUUUUUGUUGUCAUACAAGUUAAAAGUUCAACAUUAAUUGAAGUUGAAGAUGAAGUCAAGAGAAUUUGCGAUGAAGAAUUGAAAGGUAUCUUCUUCCAAUAAUGAGACUGGACAAGAAAUUUUUAUGGAACCACUUUGAAGAUACCUUGAAAGUUCCUGGAUAGCAUCAUUCCAAAAAUGUAGAACGUCACUUAUUUUAUAGCUACAUGUCAACGUGUAGGAAUGUUACUAAAUUCUCGAGUUCUACAAAAUAUGCUGCUGGAUUUAGAAAAAGUCUACGAAUCAUGAAGGGCGCAUAAUGUUUUAUGUGCACUGUAUAUAUUUGUAAUUAUAGGACAGGGCAAGUUGAUUAUUUUAUAAAUAUGUGCAUUUUACAAUCGCAUUGCGAAGUUAGGUGAGCACUCGUAAAAUAUAAUUUCUGUAUACAGUUGUACAUAAGUUUAUACAAUUAAAGGCAGUCCAAUUUUUGAUGAGGCAAUA